AUGGAAAGCGAUUCACCUCUUAAUCAUCCCGUGGUACACUUUUUACUCUGUGUAUCCUAUCUUUUUGUAUUUCUUGCUACUAUCAUCGGAAAUCUGAUAAUUCUUCUCGUCUUCUUCUCGCAGAAGAAAGUUCGGAGUGUUCCUAACUUUUUCCUUGCCAAUCUCACGGUUGCCGACCUCUUCGUUGGAAUAUUCUGUGUUCUCCAGAAUGCAGUGAAUUUCGUAUUCCAAGGACAUGGCCGUUGGCCGUUUGGCAAGGUUCUUUGCUAUUCAUACAUCUACGUACUACACUUUAUCCCGAAUGUCUCCGCUGGAAUCUUGGUGCUUGUAUCCGUGGAAAGACUGAUUGCUGUUCUUCGCCCACUCCGUGUCAGAAGAGCAUUCUCCCAAAAAGUACUGAUUACAUCUUCAGCUGUGGUUUGGUUGGCUAGCGCCGUCAUGAACACUCCUUAUGUAAUUGCCAGUCAGUUCUUGGAAAUUUCCGACGGAAAUGAGACCUAUACAAUUUGCACAAGACGUCACGUUGAAAUUUACGGCUUCAAUCUUCUAAAACUAGUUGCGACCAUCAAUUUCAUUGUGUGGUAUGCCGUUCCUCUUGUCAUCCUUCUUUGCAUAUAUGCCACCAUUGGACUUGUUGUUAGCAAAGCAGCAACCAUCACUAAACAAUCAGCCAACAAGCUUCUCCCAAGAUCUAGCUGGCGGUCAGAAGCUUCAACAGGAGGUGUUUCCGUUGAGAAACGAAGAAAGGUUGGUCGUUUGGCAGUGGGCAUUGUGGUAGCAUUUGCGUUCUUCUCUCUUCCGCGAUAUGUAUAUUUUAUGUGGACCGUGUGGAGAGAUCCAAUGGCUCCAAGAUGUCUUAACUGCUUACAAAGUGUUCUCCAGCCCAUCAGUUUCUUACUUUUGUUCUUCAACGCCGCCGUCGAUCCAUUCCUUUACGCAUUCCUUUCAACACGAUUCCGACAGAGCAUAAAAGAAACAUUUCAUGUUGGAAAGGUGCGUGAAAGUAACAUCGAACUAUCAUCACGGCUACGGCGAAAAGUUGUAAACUCAGAACUGGAAACGGGAUACGAAUAUCAUACCCAUUCAUAA